UAGUGCGUAAGUAUUGCGAUUUCUGCUUUUAGGUCUUAGUUUCUUUGUUAGUGUUUCUUAUUUAAUAUUAAUUUUAAACUCUUCCAUGUUACUAAUAAUGUUUCUCUUAUGAAUAUGAUACUUGAGUUGCUAAAUCCGAAGAGGUAUUUAUUCGCCUACAAUUCAAGAAAUUUUUGAUCUUGAUGACAACAAUCCAUAAGGCACAAAGGAACUUGCUUUGAAGAGUGAAAUUCAGAAGGGUUCAUUUAUAAAAUUUUGUGGGGCUGAGUACUAAGUACGUAGCCUUGCAUAAGUUUUCGUCGCAACACUUAUGUGUGUCACACCGCAAGUGUUGUCUUAUACCUUGUCUUUUGUCAGUCGUAACAAUCCCUACGAUGCAAGACGAAAUUUCGGCAGCGGUGCGCUUUUUAAUCCGCCUGAUAGAGAAAAGCGAAAACUUUAACCACGACCAGCUUGAAGAAUUCGAAGCAUGCUUGUCAAAAUUGUUAGUUGAACGUUUUCAAGAUCAUUGGUUUCCUGAUCAGCCUUGCAAAGGACAGGGUUAUCGCUGCAUCAGGCUUAACGAACGGGAUCCGCGAGACGCAAUUUUGGAACAAGCUGCUAUCGCCUGUGGUUUAAAAUAUGAAGAUUUCAAAUUACCUUUGGAGUUCACAUUAUGGGUUGAUCCCAAUGAAGUGUGUUGUAGGUUUGGUGAGCACAAAGGUUCCUAUUGCACACUGGCACACUUUGAUAAAGAAAACAUGGACUUGAACAAAGAGAUGGAAAAUGACAGCGAAAUCGCAAAGGAGACAAAAGAAGAGAGCACUCCCCUGGGCGUGAGCAACCAGCGCAGCAGCCCGAAGCGAGCGGCCGGCCGCGGCAGCAGUCCCAGGCACAAGCACGGCAGUCCGCGCGCCAGCCGCGGCUGGGGGGUCCACGGUGGCUACCAACACCCGCCCCUCCAGUCGUGGUACAACCUCCUGCCCCCCCACUGGCUGGCCGCCCCCUCGCCGUCCCCCUACCACCUCAGCCACCCGCUCAUGAGGUCCCCGCCCAUGGGCAAGUGGGGGGGCCACUUCAACCAGCACCCGUCGGUUCGCUACUGGCACUCCAAGCCCGCCGUCAAGGUGUAGCCGCCACCACAGCCCUUCAACUCAGUACAAAUGUAUCACUCGCUCUCCAUUAUAAUAGAUUUUUGAACAGGUGUAGUGUAACAUAAAUUUGAACCAUUUUUAAGAGCUCUGGUCACAUACAUGUAAAUAACACACAGUACUUACCGGUACUUCCAUUCGGCACAGUAUUUUCGAUUAACAGAAUUCUGUGAUUCUCUUAUGUUGAGCUUCUGUCUUCUGCCAUAUACUUAGUGUAACAAUGUUUUAUAUGAGUUUAUUAAUUGUAAUAUUCAUAAAAAAAAUCCUUAUACAUAUAAAUUAAAUUUUAAUAAAUCCAUCAUGGCAUUUUUAUUUUGUAAGUAAGUUAACACAAUUUAAGUAGCUUUAUUAUUUGUUUUAUAUUUACAAAUAUAAUUUGAAGAUUUGAGCAUUAUUUGUUUUAAAUUGCUGCUGGCUAUUACAUAAUUGUAGCUUCAUUGAUUGUAGCCUUUCAUUUGCCUGGUUCUUUAUCGUAAGUAUUUCAACAGAUUUAACAGUUUGUCAUCGUUGUAGUUGACUGUACUAAGUGUCUUCUCUCCUAAUUGCAUGUUGGUGUGUAGUUCAUUGUGAGACUGCUUGCAUUACUGUCAACAGGCACGAGAAUAUUACUAUAGUUUCACUUCAAGUAAAUUUUGGUGACUGCAUGUAAGAAUGUGGCAUGAAAACUAAUAGUUGAUUUAUUGCACAUGAUUCUCAUACUUCAGAAGCUGUAAGAGCUGUAUGAGCUGUAUGAAGCCUAUUUCAGUAUAUUGUGAUUGCCAUGACAUGAACCUUUCAAUGAUUAUUGGUUGGAUCAAUUUACUGUGUCUGCAAAUGAGACAUAAUUUUCUCAAUACAUUUAACAUCUGCAUAUCUGUUCAAACUUUUAAGUCUAUUCUACAAAAAAUAUAGGUACCUACCACUAUGAGUGAUAACAUUUUAUUAAAAAAAAACCAUGUACUGUACUCAAUAACAUGUUUUUCAAAAAGAUGUUUAUUUGAACUUAACUGUAAACUCGGCUGUGUAUUAACAAUGAAAACAUAAAUAAAUAAAUUUAAUGUUGGUUGAAAAGAGACAAAGCCUAAUUUGUGUGAAAAACAAAGCCAAGUGCAUUGUUAUAACUGCUACUUUUUAAUUAAACCACUUUAAGAAAAGAAACAAAUAUGAAACUUUUUACAUAGGUUGAGUAUGAAUAACUAGGGAAUAUUGGAUGUCUUAAAUUUUGUUUUGUCUAAAAUACUUUUUUUUUAAGGAUAAUAGUUUUUGUUUAAAGCAUUUUUUGUCUGCUUCAGUAAGAGUAUUUUGAACAGGUUCCACCCAUGCUUCAAAAAGUUUAAGCUUGUCUUAUGUCUAAAUAACUUUAUUACUAUAACACACACCUUAGUUUAUGUUUCAUGGUCCCAGCCAGUUGAUUGAGGUAACAUGGAAAAUAACUUGCAAAGAAAAUUACAGUUUGGGUGUAGUUAGUGGCUCUUGGUGUAUUGUUACAUUUUUUCAUUUGGUUUAUAGGGACUUGCAUUUAAAACCCAGCCAAUCAAAUGUACAGACCAGAUGUAUUAACAAAUGUUCCAUGGACUUGUGUUUUAACUUUUAAGUUUCUCCCAAGCCAUCUUGGGUAUGUUUAUAGUGGAUACUUCUAGUAUACCACAUAGUGUUCAUUUAGGACGUCUAUAUUUAUUGUGCUCUGUUUGGAAAUAAUCAACAUUUCAGAAGCAUUCAAAACAUUCUUUGCUCAUGGCAAACUGUUGGUGGAUAUUGUCACAAAAAUGUUUUAAUCUAAUAUAAAAUCUAUAAAUAUUUGUCUGAAUUUGCUGCAAAGAGUAUUAAUGAAUGCUUUUUUUUUUUUUUUUUGCAUUUGGUUUUAAGCUGAAGAUAUUUUUGAGUUUUCUCUGCUUUAAAAGUGUAACCAUUUUAGCUUGAUGGGAGAAUUAAAGAAUUUUAUUUGUAAAAUUUGUUGCUUAAACUGAAUUUGGUUUUUUGUGGCAAAUGCUUUUUAUUCAGCGUAAGUUUUACCUGUAAGUCUUUGUGCAAUCUAGUUUUGUAUGUUGCAUGUUUUGCUAAUUUAUUCCAAAUGUGCAAUUAAAUUUGAAGCUGAAGCACUAAGAUUCCUUAAAUGGUGUUUGCCUUCAAGAAUGAAAAGGUAAAAUAUAUGUUUGAUUACUACCUUUCUUCCACUUUCACAUUAAUAAUAGGGUGUUUGCAGUUCUUGAAAAUCUUUUUAUUUACACGUGUGUGGUUUAAGGCAUUGGAAAAGUCCUUGUUAUUUAUUUUGGCAAUGAAUUUUUAAUGUCUAGGAAACAUAAUAGUCCUUAAAAACAAUAAAUUGUAUAAGUGGGCAGUAGUAAUUAUUAGGAUUUUUUUUGAUGUUACUUGUCAAGGUUUUUAUUAGAAAAACAUAUGUUUAAAUAAGUUCAAGCUCUUGAAGAGAACAUUUACAAAAAUUCCUAGAAAUUUUUUUUUUUUGUUUAUAAUUUUUUUAAGUUUAGUGAAAAUUGUAUUGAAAUAUAUAAUAAAACUAAAAAAUGGAGACAUACAGUUAUUCAUAACAAUGUUAUCAAUUUGGUUCUUGAAAUUUUACCUUGAAAAUUUUUUGAAAAUAAUAAAAUUAUAAUUUCUGCAAGAACCCUGCAUUGCACAUUCUUCCAUGUUCCCUUAAAUACGUAGUUGAAAAUUUAUUGUUGGGUGUAUUUUUCUGUAUUUUAUAAUCACUGGUUGCUUGUAGUACUAAAACUUGCUGGCUAAAGAAAAUUUGUAAUGAUUGUCUUAUGGAUGUUCCAAGAAUCCCCUGAUAUUUUCCAAGAAUAUCUUGAAUUGCAGUUUAUUGGAACUAUUGUUUUUUUGAUGUAAUAGUCCUCCUUGGGCUUGAUAAGUCAUGAUGUUUGCAGGAAUAUAAGGCAAAAAUAUUUAUUAUACAUUCUUAAAGAAAGAUUCUGAGAGUACCAAUGGAUUUUUACUUUGAGAUUUUUUUAGUUUUAAGAUCGAGAAUUGGUCAGUAUUUUUCCAAUGUUACAAAUUUAGAUUUUGUGUUGAUAUUGGUGACAAUAUAUUGAGAAGUGAUUACAUAGUGUGCACUGAAUGGUAUGUUAAAAUUUUAUUCUAGUACUUAUGUAGAUGGAUGAUUAAUUUAAAUUAAGGGUAAUAAGUAAAGUUAUAAAUGUUUACAUCAGGGAAAAAACUAACUUAUAUGUAAUUAUUUUACAUUUAAUAAUAAAGUUGUUGCAAAUUUUUAAAAAUAUAUAUUUAUGCUGCCUUGGUGACUAGUGCACUAUAUGAUUUUGUUGAUCUAUAAACAUUUUAGGCAGAAAACCAGUCAGCAAAUUUGGGACACUUAGGUAUAAUGAAAGUGAUUUGAAAUAAUAGUAUUUUUUUAAAUGUAUAUUUGCUGUAAUGCUGCGUUAGUUUAACAUGGGAAGCAGAAAAUUCAGUACUUAAAUGUUGCAAAAUAUAUAUAAGUUUUCAGUGGGCAUUUUUCUUUGAUAUGUAAUAGUGUCCAUGUCACUGCAAAUUGUUCAAAGCAUUUUUUUAAUUUCACGAUAGCUUCUGAGUUAUUGUGGAAACAUGUAUUUAAAAAUACCUGCCGUCCCAUUUGUGUUUUCAUGUUAAUGUUUGAUCGUAAAAUAAUUGUAAUUUGACCAAAAGUGUAUAUUAUUGUCUUUGUGCGUGUGUUGGUGUGCGUGUGAAUAAAAUACAUUAUGAAGAGCA